UCACUGCAAUAGAGAAACAAGGUUGUGGAUGUGUUCCGUUGGUGAGAUGGGGAGAUAUAAACAAGCGAAUUUUAAUAUGGGAUAACAUUCAGACUUGGAGACUUUUUGUUCUUGGGAACGUGUUGAAUUACUGGACGUGUUCAUAGGCAUAGUUUCGUUUGUCAUGGAAAGUUGUUUUGUGUUGUUGUUUUUUGUCGAACUAUAGAAACCAUCUGCGAAGCCAUUGUCGGGAUAAACUCUGAGUAGCUCGAAUGUUGUUAAAGAUCUUUUGUCUCUGGAACUAAUGAAUAUUUCAUUAAAUGUACACUCUCUACAUGCAACCACUGCCAUAACAGUGUAUUGAAAAAUUCACGGAGUUCUACGAACAGACCGGAAGUUUCCUUUUUUCCUAAUACACUCCACAAAAUGUGGGAAAUGUCGAUGUAUACCGAAGGUGGUAGAUAUAUUAAUAUCUUGGAUACCGGUAGGAGGGAUUAAUAUAAAUGUCCUGGAUUUCCUUGGGGGAGGGUGUAUUAAUGCCCGGUAACGUAGGAAGGUGAAUAUAAAAGACAGAUGCCAAGACAGUCCUAAAGGAGGGUGCUAACGGGCAGGGGUAUGUAAAUGUCUUGGAGGCCAAGAUGUUAAAGAUGUCCAAAAUGCCGAGGUUUUAAGAACCGUCGCAGUGAGAUUAGCAACUGUCAGCUAACAUUUGAUACCGUGACGUUAAUUUGCUUUCAAUUAUGUGUCAGUCGGCCUGUCCCGUAAGGAGGCCGAAAAACAAAGGGAGAUAACUCGCUGGCCUCGGGGCAGAAUAGGGCGUGUUCCUGUAAGAGGAAUGGACAGCAUAUUAUUACAUCCAGCUACUUAUUGUCUAGGUGUCCGACAACACACCUGGGAUGUUGUGUGUUUUUUCCCUUCUAUUGUGUGUGUAACGUCGCCCCGGUGUGUUCUGUGAUCGAUCGCUUCGUGAUUAGUCCUGACAGGAUUUAGAAAACAGAAGAGGGGGAUAACACAUGAGUUGAACAUCUCUAUUUCUCUAAUCCCUGGAGUGGAGGUUACUGUCGCGGGGGGCAGCAAGUUGACUCGGAUUAUCGGCUACUGUUGUUUGUUCAAACGAAUGGUGGUGGGCCGGUCCACUUCAAAGUACCACCUUCUAGGGGUUCGCCCCUCACCAUGCCCCUCCACAAAGGCCGCAGUCCUUCAAAAAGGAUGAAAUUCAAAGCUAAAAUCCAGCGCAUGUUCCGGUCAGGAUCUGUAGAUGCAGACAAAAGUCAAAACUUCAACCUUGGCCUGGAAGAAACUGGAGCAAGAUCAAGGUCAUACUCUUCCACAGAUUCAGAGAAUGGCAGCAAACGAGACAAUUAUGCUUAUGCUUCUCCUCGCCACCCCUCAAAUGAAAAAGUGUGGACCAUUGCCAGCCCUUUCUCGCCUCCUUUAACCUCUGGCCCUCCCCUAAAUGGAGCAUCCACCAAGCAAACCCCUGGUUUUCUCUCAGAGCUGUCUUUAAAAAGCACUCCUGUCCCUGUCGAUGCAGGUACCUCCCCAACCAGCCGACCCUUGGCCGGCAGCCUCAAGGACAUCAGCCCAAUGUCUGCCAAUGAGCUCCACGACUCUGUCCUGUCAGCACUCUCCCAGUCCGAUGGCUUUGAUUCUGGGUACAAGGCCAGUCUGGAGAAGAAAGUCUCCAACAAGCAGAAGCCUAAAGGAACUAUUGAGUACCAGGUAAAAGAUGGUGACACUUUGGUCAAAAUUGGAGCCCACUUUGAUGUGACACCCUCAGAGCUGAUAAAGAUUAACAGGCUUGUAUCCAGGACAGUUUUUGUUGGCCAGACAUUGUUCAUUCCAGAUCCUAGUGAACCUCCAUCCCCACCCAGCCCUCCACCAGACACCAGACCAAAAGUGGAUGUCCCACUGCCUAGCUUAAAAGAUGGACCAAUGCCAUCAAUUCCUGGUCAUGCUGUUCCAGUGUCCAACCAGCUCAGGUCUGAAUCCUUUGAAGAAAAAAUCAGCUCUCCCAAGAGCCGUCUUCCUGAGCAGACAAGCCAGGAAGAGACAGACAGGGAGUGCAUGCAGAAAUUUGUCAAGGGUCCAGCACGACGUGUGAUGGAGGAGGAAGAGGAUGAUAACUCAUCUUCGAAUCAUGAGGGAAUCAUCAUUAAAGGGACACUGUUGGUGACGCCCAAUGCAAUCAUGUUUGACCCUGACGCCAGUGAUCUUGCUGUGGUCAGCAGCAAAGAUGCAUCCAAGUUUGGCAUGGUGGUCUAUAUGGACGAGAUAAAAAGUGUUGCAUUGUUCCAUGAUUUUUCCCCUCGCAUGUUUUGGAGACAGCCAAAGGAAAUCAGAGCUCAUUCCCCAAAACCUGAACCCUACCGUCCAGCUGUUGAAGGUCAAGCAGAUGAGGAGCUAGAACAGGACAAUAGAUCAGCAUCUCCAAUGAUGCAAGCAGAUUCAAGACCUGCUCCAGAUGGGGCCAGUGUGGCUGGAGACACUGGUCAGUCCAGGCCAACACCUUAUGGGGAGGAUACUGACAAAGAUGAUCAGGGGGCAUUUAAGACAGGGAGGACAUCAGAAGAACUGGAAGAAAUGGCUGACUUGUCAAGGGAGCACCAUGACUCACCUCCACAACAAGGCAGAGCCUCCGAAGAAGUUGCUAAUACAAUGACACAAUCACCUGAUAGCAAUGUCCAUUCCCCACUUGUCAAACAGAUGUCUAGAAGCUCUGAGCUAGAAGUAAGUGAAAUGGCCCUGCUGCAGGACUCCCCUGAUGGCAUUGGAGAGACAAGAGACUUUGGCCCCCACAUGGGUCGAUCAUCCUCAGAGGUCCAUCGACACACAUCUAGCUCUCUGGGUCGAGUCUCAGACUCUUCACCGGGUGACACCACUGGACGGUCAUUCUUUGCCGAACCCGGAGACUCUGCUGGUGAUAGCCUAGGUACCCCUACUCAAGGUUUCUCCCCGCUUCACUUCACCGACCGAUCUCCGAAAAGUGUACUGGCACACCCGAAACCUGUGCCCGGUCAGCCGGCAUUACAUUUGUCUCAAUCAUCUGGUCAGUAUAGUGACCUCAAGGCUCAGAAGAUUCUAGAAGACCCAGAGGCUGUAGUUAAUGUGCCUCAGACAGGAACUGCUGAUUCCUCUUUAGACUCUGGCAGUGGUCAUCAUACUGGCCAACAAAGUCUAGCUGAGGAUAUUGCAAAAUUGGCCUUAGAAGAUUAUUCAAAGAGUGGCCUAAGUGGAGAAGGGUCAAUCCAGAACAGCUUAGAAAGUUCUCAUAGUAACAUAGACGGUGAAACAAAACCUUCCAUGUCCAAAUCUCCUCACCUGCUGGUGGAUACAAAAUUGGGUGCUGACAACUCUGCAAAAGCAGAUGACCCUUCAAAGUCGACAGCCACAACUGGCAGUGCCAGCAAUAGUCCUUUGUCCACCUUCUCACCACUCCGUGCCCAAGCUCAACUGUCCAACAUAUUCAGCUACACCAGCAGCUUCAUCCAGAACAUACAUAAGACCUACAAAAGCUCUGCCCCAGCUCUCUCAGCCUUGACUGCCAAGGAAAUAGGCAGAAUGAGAGCCAAGUCUUCACCAGUGUUUCCUUCAGGUGGCCUACAACUCAGAAGUGGUUUCACCAAAGAGGAUAUGGAAAAGAUCCUUGGACCAGAUCCAAAAGAUUAUCUUCACCCCACUGAUUCACCUCACUUUGAACAACCUCCACUGUACUUACAAAUUCGUCCAGGCAUCAAGAAAACUAGUGAGUUCCGCCAGCCAAGGGCUUUUGACCACAGGAACCACAAACUUCUGGAGGAGUAUUGGCUGAUAGUGCCAAGAGAAAUGGGAGAUAAACUGUACACAUUUCUGAUGGAGUGGCAACCAGAGAUGUAUGGUGACCAGGAAGAGACAGGAGAGAGGGAGAAGUUCUUCUUUGACCUCAAGGAAGUGAAAGGGCUCAUCAAGCCUCUAAAGAAAACGUCCAGCUUCAGGGAAGAGAAGUCAGUGGAUGAUGAGGCCUCAUCAGAAGAAAAAGAAGUGGAAAAGUCUUGGGAGAUCCUGAGCAAGGAAGAAGUGUACUGUGCAGAGAAGUCUCAAGGUUUACAUAAGGAGGACACCAUUGAUGAAAGCAGUUUGCCAGAAUUGAUUGGCCAGACACAGUUUAUUGAACCCUUUCACAUUCUGUCACUUGUUCGCUCACUACCUAGAAACAUGACUGUAGGCUACAACUGGGAGCUGACCUAUGCAACACACAAACAUGGCUACUCCCUGCAGAACCUGUAUCAAAAGAUGGAAAAUGUUGAUGACUCCCCAACCAUCUUGUUCAUCAGAGACUCCAAUAAGUGUGUAUUUGGUGCCUUCAUGAGCCACCUGAUGAAACCUUCAGACACAUUCUAUGGAUCCGGUAGCACUUUCUUGUUUACGUUUUACCCUCAGUUCAGAAAAUUCUUGUGGCAAGGUGACAAUCAAUUCUUUAUGUAUGGGACGAAGGAUAGUUUUGCCAUUGGUUCUGGAGAGGGACUAUUUGGUUUGUGGCUUGAUGGUGACCUCAACAAAGGACGUUCCCAUGAGUGCAGCACAUUUCAUAAUGAUGUUUUGUCCAAAGAGGAAGAUUUUGUCAUCAUUGAUCUGGAAGUCUGGAGAUUUGUUGACUCCAGCAUGUGAGUUGCACUGAAGGCCUGGCUAACUUGUGCUCCGGAUCAGCUUUUCAUCCUACAAACAACUCAUUGGGCAUUGAUGUGAUUAGACAGAGAGCCCAUGUUGGUCAUCACCACCAUUCCCGAGCUCGGCACUCGACAACAUAAAAAAAAGUGGAUUGUCAACCUGCCUGUGCAACUGUUUGACUUUUUUCACUUUUUUUUUUGUUUGUUUUGGACAAAAUGUUGUUUUUUCUUGGACAAACUCUGUGACUGAUAUUUGUCUAGACAUUCAUGUAGCACAGUUGCUAGUACUUCACAGCAAUUCACUGUUUCAAUAGUUCACAAUUCCUGGCUUGACGGCACCUAUUCAGUAGUUGUUCUUACUACUCACUCAGUGUUUCAUGAGGAAACUCCACAGUGUGUGUCAGGUUGACCUGUCAGUCAGGGCUUGAGUGCUUAGUACUUUUACAAUAGUACCUAGCUCUAGCAAUGUAUGUUUUAUACUGAAGAAAAAUAUAUAUACCAGUUGAAUCUGACUUAGAUAAAAAAAAAUGUUAAUAUGAUGAUGACGUUAUGUCUUCUUUGUGUGUAUUUGCAUGUCUUAUAUUCCAGUCUGGUUGUUGCAUAGGAGUGUAAAGAUUACUCAGCCAUCUUUUACCUUUACCUAACCUUGCUGGUUUGGAAUUAAUUAUCCAACAUCAACCCUGUCAGUGAUGUCACAAGCUGGGUUUCUUGCAAGCCUCAUUUCUGUGUUCAUUAUGUUUCAACUUUUUGAUGUUUUCUCAAACCAGUUUCUGUGAUGUUACUUUUGAAUUAUGUUUCUAUUAAUGUUGGUUUGGAUUAUAUUUUUGUUGAUUUUUUUUCCUAUGUUCUCACACAUACUUACAUAUGUAAUUAAUGACAGUGAUAAAUGAGUCUUUUAUUAAUAUAUAUUCUAAAAGUAUAGUGAUAUAAGGAAAUGUGGUAGCAAUAAGGAGCCUUGAAAUGUCAGAAAAUUUACCCUUUCUCUCCAUAGUUAUUUACCACAUUCUGGUGGAAUCAACGUUGGUAUCGUCUGUUAUGAGAGAAAGAGUUAAGAGGAAGAAAGAUUACUGUUGCCAAGUAAAUAAUUAAAAUUGCAUUGAGCUACAAGCAAAAUUGAUUUUAAAAAAUUGAUUCAACAGUGCUGAAAAGUGUAAAAAAAUAAAUAUUUAUAUGGUUUAUUAAAGUAGUUUGCUUAUUAAGAUUUCCAAAUAGUUGUCUAUCAUUGAUUUGCCUCUAUUGGCCUGUAUAAAAAUAUCUGGUAGGAGUAGAAACCUUAAGAAAAACAACAUAAUAUUCUUCUUAAUUUCUUACUUGUUUCUUCAUUCAGGUCCACAUCACUAUUACGAUUUAAUUAUUUUAGCCAUCAAUAAUUGGUCGAUUUCAGAUGAGCUCUGUUCUAGGUUCGACAUUUACUUGUCUAGUAUUUACCUAUUUGUAGAGCUCUGUUCUAAGUUCGACAUUUACUUGUCUAGUAUUUAUCUAUUUGUGGACUGUGAUGUUUAUUGCUUUUAUUGACCCAGACAAUCUAUAGUGCAGUGAAAUGUAUAUCAAAAUAAAAUGUGAAUGGCAUUAGUGGACGGUACACACACUGUGAAAUCUCUUAUGUCUCGUUUAAAAAAGAUUAUUUCUUAACCAACAUUUAGCCAUUGAGGAUUGCACCUCUUAUUACUAUUAUGAUCUUUUUUCCCCCCUGUCAAUGAUUUCCUUGUACAUUACCCUGUAGCCAAAACCAAUCUUUUUUCAUAUGUUCCAUUAAAAUAAAGCAAAAAAAAAUGUUGGGCUUUCAUGAUUUAUUAUUCUGAGAUUCAGUUCAUGUUAAGACAUUUUGGUUUCAGAACUUGAUUCCAUGUGGCUCUUCUUAGUUUGUAUUUGUAUUUCUUGUUCUUUAUAUUGUCUUAUCCAGAGCCAAUUUGUUUUUUUCAUAUUAACUUAGGUGUAUGCCUGACUAUUACCGUUUUGUAGGUGUAUGCCUAUUUCCACUUUGUUUCAUUAUUGCAACAAUUUCCUGCAUUGAACACUUUGUGUGUGUACACCUGCUAUAAUUGUGAUACAAUUAUUUUCUGAUAUAAGUGAUUGUGUUAAGCUAUUAUCACUCACAGAAUUUAAAUUUUACACAAUGAGAUUAAGCAAUAUCACUUUUUUUUUUCUCUUUAAAAUCCCUUUAAUUUUAGCCAAACACAAGUGCUUUUUUUUUUUUUUUUUUUAUAAGAUUUUAGUUUUGAAUAGCCUGUGCUGUCUGAGGUGGAAUGUGUGACGCAUUGCUUGGCUAUCUAUCAAGGGGCUUCGAGUUUGAAUCUCAGCUCAAGCUGAUUUGUGUUUGCUAAGCACCUAAAGGCAGCACGGAAACCUUCUAGAUACCCCACAUGUCCAAUCAAGAGAUUGGAGCCUGGCACACUGAUUAGCUAUAUGGCACGAAAAUUUUAUUUUUAAAAAGUAAAUAAGGCAAUUUUUUGCAGUCUAUGUAUGGAACCCAGAAAAACAAUAUAGUAAAUUAAGCAAUUAUUUGCUUUUCAUAAAUUAACUUUAAAUAUCUUAAGUAAAAAAGACAAAAUUAACACAGAUAUAUGUGUUAUAUUCUAAAUUUCUGUUUUGUAGUAACAUCCGACCACAAAAGUUAUGAAGAAGAAAAAUUGUGUUCUGGUUACUUAUCUUUCAUCUAUUUUCAUUGGAAACUUUAUAGUUAUACAGAAUAAAACUGAUUCCCCAUCUUUGUUAGACAAGCCUCAUAGUGUUCAAUUUCUAUUCUGUUUAGUAAUACUUGCAAAGUUGUGCCAGACAAGGGUGUAACCUGUUCCUUUCACACAUGCUGUGUGACCUUGUAUACUCAAGUACUAAGUGUUAUAUACUUACGUGCUCAAUAUGUGUGCAGUUCUGUGAAGACAAUAUUGCCUAGCAUUCAUCAUUCAAUCUGUUUUACAUGGUUGUACAUUUGGUAUACAGAAAAAUUAUUGGAAUCAUAAGGAAAAAUAAUAUUGUUUAGUAAGAUACAAAUAUUACUUAUAAAACAAAUAAACAAAAACAAAGGAUUGUGUUUUAAAAUAUUUGGAAAUACAAAUCUAUAAAAAGACGUGUUUCUUUUUAUUUAGUCAAAAUAACAUUGUUCCCUUGCUUCAUAAAGGGCUUUCAACAAUACACAAAAAGCUUGAUACCUAUAAUUAUAGUAAAGAUUUUCUAUUACGUUCACAUGCAGUAUUUGGUAUUAUUCUUCUUAAAAGAAUUUGUUCUAGGUCUUAUCACUUAGAUAAUUUGUCAUAUUUUGCAUUCCAUCCAUGAUUUUUUUCUGUUCUCAUUCAAUGAAUAAAAAAAAAUACUUUUUUCUAAUACAUGUACAAAAUAGUUACAGUAAUGAUGGAAUCAUACUUCUGCUGUUUAUUGAAGCUUGUCAUCAGACCAUGUACCAAUCUGGUUUAAUCCAGGGAUGAACUUAUCUCCAUCACACCAUUUAACUGGUACUCUGGUUUAAUCCAGAGCUAUCAAGUUUAAACUCAUCUUUAUUUCUAUAGCAUUAUUACAGUUGUCGGCGUUGAUACAUUUAUAUAAAUUUGGAUUUGAGAUACUUGUUUUGUAUGCUUGUCAUUUGUUCAGUACAUUUAGCAAAGAUUGCAUACACUUUAUUGUAAUUGGCUGUGCUUGUGUUACAUGUAUUACGUCAACUUUAGCUAAACUGCGUCUAUGUUAGGUACAUGUUUAUGUUAGCCACAAUUACAAGAUUUAGACUUUUGCCAAAGUUCUUGUUUGUUUAUCUGUUGUUCUUGUACUAUUGUCAGCCUAUGACAAUAAAAAAAAAUGGGGUGAUGACAGCCAUUUCUUCUGCCAAGGCUUUAUGCAGCUAUUUGUUAAUCAUGUUUGAUGUUAAUUGUCUUAGUUGACAAUCUUGCCAGUUUGCUGUAAAGAGUGAAUACUAACAUUCUAUUUCAAUGACCUUUCACCUCUUCUUGUUAUCAAACUAUUAUAUGCUGUUGAGUUACUAACAGACAAAAUCUGUAUUUAAACCAGAACUCAAAGACAAAAGUGUAGCAAAUAAUAAUAAUAAGGCUUGUCUUCGAGUCGGAAGAUUAAUGAGGAAUGCAGUAUUUCUAGUGGCUACGCAAAUAAAGAUAGACUAAAAAGUAUUAUUUAGUAUCAGUAGAAGUUUCAUUCUUGGUCUAUGAUUAAUAAUUAGGAGUUCACAAUAUUGUUUACUAGAUAAUGGAUGGAUCAGGUGAGAACUGCAUCUUUGAUUCUUUCAAUCUUCAUCACCAUGCUGUCAGCUGUUGUUGGGUAUAACACCCUUUGGAUUCAUGUCACUACUAUUUCUUCAGAUUUAAACAUUACAUGUGAAUACUUCAUUUUAAUUUUCCUUAUUGAGAUUAUGAAGGAUGGGUGAUUACUAUCAUAAUUUCUUGAACUCCUGAGUGUCAUGAUUUAUCAAGAUCAUUUUCACAAAAAUAAAAAUGUUCACGGACAAAAGGACAUGUAUUUGUUACAGCUGAACUUGAUGCCUAAUGAAGAACAAUUCUUAGGUUUCUGCAGUCUUGUCCAACAUAAUGUGAGGGCUUCACACUAAGCUCUGUUGAGCAUGGUUACACUCAUUGAGUUACUUUAAAAAGCAUGAAACAUGAACUGAUAAAUAAUGUUGAGGUAAUAACUUCUUUAAAUCUGAACUACAAGGGAAACAAAUGUGUUCUUCUUUUUAUUAGAACUAGAUUGUUUGUACAUUUGGCUAUUAGAUGAAUAUUUAGGUCUCAAAAAUAGAGAUAUAUUCCUAGACAAUAUCGGCUGUGUUUUAGAAAUUAGAGAUGUAACUAUAACAUGUUCAAAUUUUUGGCUAUGUUUAGAAAUUAGAGAUGUUACUAUCACAUGUUCAAAUUUUUGGAUGUGUUUAGAAAUUAGAGAUGUAACUAUCACAUGUUCAAAUUUUUGGCUGUGUUUAGAAAUUAGAGAUGUAACUAUCACAUGUUCAAAUUUUUGGCUGUGUUUAGAAAUUAGAGAUGUUACUAUCACAUGUUCAAGUUUUCCUUCAAAAUUAAAAAAAAAAGUUUGGUUCCACUUUUUUUUUCCCAUUGUGUUUGUAUGUUUGUGUGUUGUCCAGAAAAUGUUUUGUGAAUGCUGCGUUGACUUCAUUUUAGAUUCACUUUGUUUAGUUUGGGUCUUUUAGCUAAUCUCUUUGUGCACAUGUGAAAUAUAUUUCUGUGAUUUGUCGGUGUUUUUGUUAUUGUCUUUGGUAUCUGAUUGGGUGGACUUGAUGACCUAUGGUUUAUAUAAUUAUGAUCAUUGUUAUUUAAAAUUAAUAAAUUCAGCUUUAUUUUGACAAA